AUGUCCAAACCUACGGCCCCCACAGAGAAAACUUUCUCAUCCUUCACAAAGGACCAGGGCGCGAACUACGCCCAAAAUCGCCCAGGCUACCACCCAAAGCUCUUCCAAACCAUCAUCGACCACCACACCUCCACCGGCGGCCACCAAGAUACCCUCCUCGACAUCGGCUGCGGUCCAGGAAUCACGGCCCUGGCCCUCGCACCGCACUUCACAAAUGUAAUCGGCCUCGACCCCUCCGAAGGCAUGAUCAACACCGCGCGCGCCUCAACCACGCUCCCCAACCUCCGCUUCGACAUCUCCACCGCCGAAGACCUGGGCUCGCACCUCACCCCUCCUAUUCCAGACUCCAGCGUCGACAUCAUCACCGCCUCGACAGCAGCCCACUGGUUCAACAUGCCCCUCUUCUGGCCGCGCGCUGCACGAGUCCUGAAACCCGGCGGCAGCGUGGCAAUCUGGACUACCGGCGCCGUGUCCACGCACCCCGACAUGCCGAACCACACCGCGAUCCAGGCUGCCAUAGACGCCAUCGAGGAACGCGAACUGAAACCGUUCUUCGAGCCGGGCAAUCUGCUAACGCGGAAUAUGUAUCUCGAUCUCGGACUACCCUGGACUGUAGACCCGAAAGUGGAAGACUUUGAGAGGGAAAGCUUUUUUAGGAAGGAGUAUGGCCCGGAUGAGGGCAAUAGCGAGGAGUUUUUUGUGGGGGGUGGGAUGGAGGUUAAUUUGGAUAUGAUGGAGAAGGUGUUCGGGACGAUGAGUCCGGUGCAGAGGUGGCGGGAGGCGUAUAAAGAGAAGGUGGGGACGGAGGGGGAUGUGGUUAAGUUGAUGAGGAGGGAGAUUGAGCGGUUAUUGAGGGAGGUGGGGGUUGAGGAGGGUCAGAUGAUUUGUAAGGGGAGUAUGAGGGGGGUGUUGUUGAUUAUUAAGAAGAAGGCGUAG